UUUGACUACACUUAGAAAAAUAAAUUCUAUCAUCUUCUUCCUAAAACUAAAAAAAAAUAUAAGUGCACUCACUAUGGGGAGACUAGCUCCUUUUUUAUUAUUUUUUUUGGUUUUAACCACCAUUUUUAGCUUGUUCAUUCUCUAUUCUCCAAACCCUUUUAAAUUCAUUCCUCAUAAACAUGUUCAUGAUCAUCAAAAGCUCCCCAGAUUGAUCAAUUCACAGAAGGAGGAGUUAGAGGAUUGUGAUUUGUUUAAAGGCCAGUGGAUACCAGACCUUAAAGGGAGUCAAUACACAAAUUCAAGCUGCGUAACGAUUCCGAAUUCGAAGAAUUGUUUGAGACAUGGAAGAAAAGAUAGAGAUUUUCUUAAUUGGAGAUGGAAACCAAAUAAAUGUGAUCUUCCAAGAUUUGAUUCAAAAGCUUUUUUGGAAAUUGUUAGAGGCAAAACUAUGGCAUUUGUUGGUGACUCGGUUGCUAGGAAUCAUAUGGAAUCACUUCUUUGCCUCUUGUCACAGGAGGAUAUCCCUGUGGAUGCAUAUAAGGACAAUGAAGACAGAAAUAGAAUUUGGCAUUUUCCUGCUUAUGAUUUCACCCUUAAGAUUAUUUGGACGAAAUUUUUUGUAGCAGGCGAAGAGAGAAUGAUCAAUGGUUCUUCAUCGGGCAUUUACGACUUGCAUCUAGACAGAAUUGACAAUAACUGGGGAAGGGACCUCCAUACCUUAGAUUACAUAAUCAUCUCCAAUGGACAUUGGUUCUUUAGACCGAUACACUUGCACAUAGGUUCGAAUGUAGUAGGAUGUGUCUACUGCAACGAGCCGAAUAUAACUGACCGAGGAAUUAAUUUUGCAGUUACUAUGGCAUUUCGAGCUGCAUUGAGUCACAUUAACCAGUGUAGGAAAUGCAAGGGUAUGGUGACAUUGUUAAGGACAUUUUCACCAUCGCACUUUGAGAACGGAUCUUGGGAUACUGGAGGGAGUUGUAAUAGGACAGCACCUUUCCGCAAGGAGAAGAUCGACUUCACUUCUCGUGAAUGGGAACUAAGGAACUUGCAGGUAGAGGAGAUCGAAAAAGCAAACAGGAGGGGACGACAAGGGAAGAGAUUCAAGGUAUUGGAUAUUACAAGGACUAUGCUUAUGAGGCCCGAUGGGCACCCUGGAGCUUUCUGGGGAAACAAGUGGAUGAAGGGUUAUAACGACUGUGUACAUUGGUGCUUACCAGGUCCGAUUGAUGUAUGGAAUGACUUGUUGCUCGGUGUUCUCCGAACACUCCAAUGACUCAUGUAUCGAACAACAAAUAGGGUAUGUUAGUUAGACGAGUAUAGUACUUACACAUACUAAUAAUGUCUAAUUGUUUUUGGCAUUUGGAAAUAACAACUAUUUCAUCUGUAAAGUUUAAGCAUCUGAAAAGAAAUGGUAGUAAAUUAUUGCAAU